AUCAAGCCCCUAGGCAUGCAGACUGCUUCUACAAACAUUGGUGAAAGAAUGGGUCGCUCUCAGGAGCUCAGUGACUCCAAGCGUGGUCCCGUGAUAGGUGGCCACCUGUGCAACAAGUCCAUCCGUGACAUUUCCUGGCUACUAAAUAUUCCAUGCUCAACUGUUAGUGGGAUUAUAACAAAGUGGAAGCCACUGGGAACAACAGCCACUCAGCCACCAAGUGGUAAGACACGUGACAUAACAGGGCGGGGUCAGCGCAUGCUGAAGCGCACAGUGUGCAGAAGUCACCAACUGUCUGCAAAGUAAAUAGCUAAAGACCUCUAAACUUGGUGUGGCCUUCAGAUGAGCACAACAACAGUGCAUAGAGAGCUUCAUGGAAUGGGUUUACAUGGCCGAGCAGCUGCAUCCUAGCCUUACAUCACUAAGUGCAAUGCAAAGUGUUGGAUGCUGUGGUGUAAAGCACGCUGCCACUGGACUCUAGAGCAAUACUUGCCUGACUGCAUUGUGCUAAGUAUAAAGUUU